AUGAACCCUCCAAGUUUCACCGGUUCAAGCCCUAUUGAGGAUCCGGAGAAUUUCAUUGAGAAACUUAAGAAGAAGCAAAAGGAUCCUGCACCAUCAUCUGCUAGUGCAAGUGCACCCAUAAACAAAGGUGAGCAUCAUGGCAAGAAUUCGCAGAACUUCGGAGCGAGGCCAACAAAGUCUCAAGGUAGUGUGUCACAAGGAGGUAGUUGGGCUUCUGUAUGUCCUAGAUGUGGUAAACACCACUCAGGUAAGUGUCUUGGGCAGACAGGUUGCUAUAAGUGCAAUCAAAGAGGUUACUUCAUGAAAGAGUUUCCUAAGAAUAAGCAGGGCGGUGGAAAUCCAAGAAAUAGCGCCCGAUCUUCAUUAAAUGCUCCACCAGAAAGGGCUGUAUCUAGAGGAACUACUUUCGAUAUUGGCGGAGAAUAA